UUGUGUCAGGGAUAUGCCUCCAGUAAAAGAUGAGACGAUAAGAGAAGCUAAUUGUUUAGAUAUCAUCAACAUUUCGGAAAAGAGUCCAGCAAAAAACAGCGCCCUGGUGGACGUUAGAGCUUGUAAUAAACCUGCCGCUAAGUGUUAAGUUACAGUGCUGCAAUGUUGUGGGCUGCUGAUUUUUAUGUUAUUUGUGUACACGGCUAUUUGUAAAAUGCACAGAACUGUAUAGUUUGGGAGCUCGUCUAUAAAGUAGUGCAUGCGUUGAUUCUGCACCGGAGUAGACUGGCGGCGACAUGACUAAUUCACAGGUAUGGUUCCGUGGCGUGAGGAGUUCCAAAUUCCGCCAUGUGUACGGUGUAUCCUUCAAAAGAGAACGUUGUUAUGACAACAUAAAGAUAACGAGGAACGCGCACGAUUCCAACUUCUGUGCUGUAAACCCCAAGUUCGUGGCCAUCGUGACUGAAGUCGCUGGUGGUGGGGCCUUCCUCGUGCUACCUUUAGACCAUACCGGCCGAUUGGAUUUCAACGCGAGUCGUGUGACUGGACACAAAGGUCCCGUGCUCGACAUCAAGUGGAAUCCGUUCAACGACAACAUUAUAGCGUCGUGUUCUGACGACUGCACGGUAAAAUUAUGGCACAUACCAGACGGAGGGUUGUCUAUGCACCUAACCGAUUGGUUGGUGGAGCUACACGGACACAAGCGCCGCGUUGCUUACAUCGAAUGGCAUCCCACUGCUGAGAACAUCUUGCUUAGUGCCGGAUUCGAUUAUUUGAUUUUCGUGUGGGAUGUGGGUAAAGGAGAAGCAGUGAAAGUUAUAGACUGUCAUAGUGAUGUCAUAUAUUGCAUGUCGUUCAAUCGUGAUGGCUCAUUGCUAGCCACUACGUGCAAAGACAAAAAACUACGUGUCAUCGAACCUAGACGAGGGAUUGUAUUGUCAGAAGGCCCCUGCCACUUAGGCACUAAGGCGUCCAAAUGCACGUUCCUAGGCAGCCAGGCUAAGGUGUUGACCACCGGCUUCUCGCGGUACAGUGACCGGCAGUACGCUGUGUGGGAUCAGCACGACCUAUCCAAACCACUUGUAUGCGAGACCAUCGACAGCUCAUCGGGUGUAGUGUUCCCGUACUACGACUACGAUACUAAUAUGGUAUACCUUGCUGGCAAGGGUGACGGGAACAUCAGAUAUUACGAAGUUGUCGAUGAACCACCAUACGUGCAUUUUCUCAACCAAUUCCUGUCUGGAAAUCCACAGAGAGGUCUAGGCUUCAUGCCCAAGCGUGGUGUAAAUACGGCCGCAUGUGAAGUUUUCCGUUUCUACAAACUUCACACAUCACGCGGGCUAUGUGAGCCUAUCUCCAUGAUUGUACCUAGAAAGUCGGACUGCUUUCAGGAGGAUUUAUAUCCAGAUACAGCCGCACCACUACCAGCGCUUUCCGCAAAGGAUUGGUUAAGUGGCAUGAAUGCAUCACCAUUGCUCAUUAGUAUGAAAACAGGUGUAACAAUAUCUACCCACAAGCCUCGUACUAGCAGCAAAGAAGCACCAGCGCUACAGCCACAAGAUGCCAAUAAUCGUAAGAAGUUCGCGUUCCUCUCGCGGGAAACGACGCCCGACUAUCGGCCGCUCGGUACUUGGCAGCCUGAAAACCACACCAACGACAACGACGCUAACCAGACCAUAAUGGAGAAGUCUCAGAAGACGAAUGCGAAUCAAAACACGAAGUUCCAUCAGUUGCAGCGUAUGUUUGGCAAGCAAACCGGCGACGCAGAGCCAGUACCGCUCUACAAGCAGAUCAACCAGGGAGAUGUAUUUAGCACUGAACAUGAGUUACGACUCGCAUUUAAUCGACAAGGCGAAGAACUGAGAAUAGUUAAGCGACAAUUGCAGAACAGUCAGCAACGCGUGCGAGAGCUGGAGCAACAUGUUGCGGCGUUACAGGCACGACUACAACGUGAGGAAUCAAACUGAAUGAAUUUGCGCUGUAAUUGAGUUUGUCCUGACCGCUUAAUAAUGAGGCUACAAUGCUUAUUGUGAUAUUGUGAAACAUGUAGUUUACGACUUCAUGUUAAUUUGAAGUUUACAAGCUUUUUCAACAAUACUAUAAACAAAUAUCACAUAAUGCUUGCCUUGUCAUUUAAAAUCAGGUUUCUUUUGCAAUUUCGUGCUAAAGGUAUAAACGUGGAUUAGAAGCUAAAUAAAACAAAGUGAUAUUCCAUGUGUUUGUAAUGUCACAAUAUUAAUGGUUAAUUAUUGCGCUAGAAAGAGCUAAAGAAUAAUCGCCUAUUAUAUAAAAGAAAAGAAAGCUAUACUUGAAUGAAUUAGAUUUAAAUUAUUUCAUUACAGAUAAAAAUAAUAGGCAGGACUAAAACUAUAAAUGUGAUAUUCUUUGCGCAUUUAUUUCACUUGCUCACUUUGUGAAACAAUAUAUUUUUAUUAGGCCUAUGCUGCGUUUAAUAAAUUUGUGAGCUUGCUAGUAGCAGUUCUAUACAAGUCAUUUGCUAAGUAAUAUGAUCAUCUAUAAUAAUAAUUGGCAUUUAUGUGACAAAUAAGAAACUAUAUCAGUGCUCAAAGGUCACGACCAUUGUAGCGUUUAGAUAGCACUACUUAUUUACAUCGCCUCAUGAUGUCUCAAUUUAUACUCAUAGUUUACAUUUUUACGAAUGAAAAUAGUCAUUCCAAAUUUUUUACAUUCGAGUGUCAAUGAUUUAGUAUUGUUAUAUUGAUACAUACAUAUUUUGUAUUUUUUUUUUUUUAUUUAUAUGCAAAUAGUAUUUUAGUAUUAAGCUUGUCUCAACGUUUGGCCUAUUAUUUAGGUAAUGGAAAGGCCUUGAUUUUUGCUAUAUAUAGCAAAACUUGUGAUAAAUCCAUGACAUGUGUCAUUUAUUUAUGGGUCACAAAUAAUUUUCGAUUUAAUGUAUUUUGUAUGAUAAUGAUUUAAGUUUUAAUAGCAAAAUUCCAAUUUGAAUUAUGUGCAAUGACUAUCAGGGUUAUUCUAAGAUGUUUGUUUAGUAAGACUAAAGGCCUAUAAUAAAUUUUGAAAGGAUUGAGUGGCCCAGAGUGAAUUAUAUUUAGAACGAUACUAGUAUUAUAGGCACUACUGUCAGUUUCGGGUCGUUUAAAUAAACUGUUUAAAAUAAGAUCAAUAUAUUUUUAGAUGGUACAGCAACAAUUAUUUUAGGUCUUGAGUGAUAUUUUGGAAUUGUUGAUAAAGGAUCAUUGCAAAAUGAAUGGUAUGACUACAUAUAGGUUAAGGUAAAGUUUACACUCUGUAUGUAACCAGAAUGAUCUCGUGACUAUGAAAACAUACCGAAUGCCUACUUAUACAUAUUAUUUGCAGAAAUUACCUAGAAGCUGGUAAAAUUUUAGUUUUUUUUUUUUACUACUAUUGAGAUGAAGAAAACCUACCAGCCGGUAAAUUCAAUUCACCUAUGAACUUAAACUUCAAAAUAUGUCGUCACAUAAUAUACAAAUAUAUUAUUUCGCAAAACAGUAGUUCCGAAUAUAGUUUUGAAAACUUCGAAAUUUACCAAGGGCCUGUAGUAUAAUGUUCAAUUUGCUGGCAAGCACUUUUUUAUAUGCACAUGAUUAUGAUUAAUUCUAUUCCAGUUUUAUAAUUUAGUUUACAUCUUGUUAGUAAUUGUUUUAUAGUCUGAUUUACAUUAUUGUGUAAAAAAUGUGUUACCUGUUAUUUUAUUGUGUUUGUGUUUACUUUAUUUACAAAUAUGACAUACUAAUAGUUAUAAAUUUUUUUUUAUAAGUUCGAGCAUUUACUUUUCUUAUGUAAGAAAUUACGAGUUGCUCUAUAAGAACUGUACAAAAAAGUUACCUGAACUUUUAUGUACAUAAAAUAAGACUAAAGAUUUCGAGACCCACAUUAUAGAAGUUAGAGAACAGGUGCUAGACCUUUAUCUUACUAAUAUUUUACAUCAAUUUGCUAUAUCAUGAAUUCAAUAUAAUGUAAUGAAAAUCUCAAUAUUGCAGCUACAAAUCGUAUAAAUGUAUUAAAAUCUUGCCAUUUUUUAAACAGUGCAUAAUUUAAAAUGUAAUCCUGUAUGUUAUGUACAUUCCAUAUUCAAUAUAAAAUGCAUAAUAUUUAGUAAGGUAAGUGAAAUGAAAGUAUUAUUGUGAAUUAGCUGGAUUGAUAAUUUUGUAGCUAAGUUGGUGUUAAUAUUUAUUAUGUAUUUUUAUAUCAUGCUUAUGUAGCACAAAUUUUCAAUAAAUGUUUGAACAGUA